GGAAACACGUCAUCACGCUGACACGGCUGGCGGGAAAUCCCAGCAGCAACAGAAAAAGUGGGGUUAGUGAUUGUUGAUAAAGCUGCUGGACUGGGACCAGGCUGUGUAUCAGGACUGGUUUGGUAUAAAUGAGCUGAUCAUUUAUGGUUAAUGUAAGUGUCUGACGGUCUCGGCUCUGUGACAGGACGAUGGUUCAACUCAUUAUAAGGGGCAGCCUGGACGGCAGCAGUCCUCCAGAGUGGCUGCUGGUGGAGCUACAGGGAGAGAUUGUGUCCAGACACAACUCUGGCCUGGCAGGAAAUGUGAUGGGAGACCUGUUCUACACCAAAGAGGGGGUGCCAGUGCUCAUUGUAGGACAUCACAUUCUGUAUGGGAAGCAGGUCAAACUGGAGAAACACUUUGCUGUCCUCACCAAGCACUCCAUCCAGGAUACCCCGCACAGCCAUGACACUGAAGGUAACAGUGAUGUCACACACAUAGCCAUGGAAACAGACCAGCAAGGCUCCACCUCCAAGUCAUACCGUGUGUCCGCCCUCAUCAAACGGAAGCUGAUCUUUAAGACACGACCCAAACCCAUCAUCACUAAUGUUCCCAAGAAGGUGUAGCAUUUCCUUGUGGGGUCAGAGGUCAUGUGUCUGACCUUUACUGUUCUAGACUGUUUUAUAAAUCUCUGUGAGCUUCACGUUGUCUCAACUCUGAUAUCAGGCAGUUUGAUUUGUUGUGCAACUGAUAAAAUACUACACCUUUAUAUUGAUCAAUACUGUCGACCUUUAACCUGAACUGAGUCAAACAGAGACUUUAAUGAGUACUCACAUGUAUGAAUGAAUGUUGUGUUGUUUUCCUGACAGACCAUGACUGUCUAAUGCUGGUUCAGGUCUUUCUGUGUGCGGAAAAAUAAAGUAUUUUAGAGAUGA